AUGCCCCUAACCUACGACGCCGAAUUCCGCACCGCCGCAGCACCCCUGCUCUCCGCCCGCGCAUCAGCCCCAAGACCAGCAGCGCACGACAUCCCCGCCCUGCGCACCAUCCUCUCCGCCUCCCUCGAGGUCCCGGCGUCCGCAGCCCCGUCCCACCCAGCCAUCGAAGAGACGCAUUUCACCGUCCCCAGCUACGACGGCCACAUGGUCUCCAUCUACCCGGUUGCACUCAAGUCCUCCCCCAACACGCAAACCACACCAGGCCCGGCGAUCAUCCACGCCCACGGCGGCGGGCUGGUCUUCGGCUCCGCAGCGCAACUAACGCGCCUGCACCAGCACCCCAUCGUCGCGGAGACCGGCGUACCCAUGUACACGGUCGAGUACAGACUCGCGCCUGGACAUCCCUACCUCGCAGCCGUGGAGGAUGUGUAUGCCGCGCUGAAAUGGGUGCACGAGCAGGGGGAGAAGAUUGGUGUUGAUCGGGGCAGAACCGGGGUGAUGGGCGAGAGCGCCGGCGGGAAUCUGGCGGCUGCUGUGGCGCUCAUGGCGCGGGACCGGGGUCUUUCUCCGCCGCUUAGGAAGCAGAUUCUCAUUUACCCGAUGCUGGAUGAUAAAACCACGCUGGAGGAUGAUGUGCAUGAUUCGCAUGGAGAUAUGCGGAUCUGGAGCUUCUCGAAUAACCUUACAGCGUGGAGUGCUUAUCUUGGGAAAGAGUAG